CCCGGCCUGCUGGCUUGGUCGGUAAAGGCACAUAUCACAUAGGUAUACAUACAUACAUACGUACAUAUAAUAGUUAGCGUAAUCAUAGCCGUUGUUGUUGCCGAUGUCGUUGCUUUUGCUGGUGUUAUUGUUAUUUUUGCCACAGUGGUAGUGGUAUUGGUAUUAGUAGUAGUAGUGUCGUAGCUGUGUCGGUAUUGGCAGUGUGACGAAGAAAAGUUACGGUCGACGUUUAUGGCUAAGGUUUGAUCAGUCUGAUUCAACAGUUUGUGCUGUAAGGAAGUGUGUACUACUGAACGGAAGUCACUUGAAAAAGUUUGAAAAGUAUUUUUAUUUUCCAAAAAUACAUAUAUUUGCAUACCUGUAGACAACCGGUAGACGUGAGAGUCUACCAUAAUACAUAUAAUAAAUAGCAAUAAAAGCAAAUUGUAGCUGCAGUGACAAAGUUUCGAUUCGAUUUCGAUUGCUUUUUAGUAUCGUUAAAUAUUUAAGUAAAAUUAAAAUUUUUGUGCGUGUGCAUGACAUGACGAGAAGACUGAUAAAAAAGAAAAUUACUUCAUUAAGCAUAAAUAAAUAAUAAAAAAGUGUUAAGUCAAUGAGCGAGCGAAAGUAACUGUAUAAAGUUGAAAGAAAAAAAAGUCAUCAAAUCGAAUACGACAAUAACAAAAUUGCCGUCGUUGUGCAAAAUUAAAAAAAAUUUAAAGCGUCGCUCAAUACUUUGCUUGAUUCGCGAAAUUAGCACAUUCUUGUGAAAUUGGCUAAUUUAAAAGAUUUGUUGUAACAAAAGCAAAGCAGAAACUAACAACCCAAACCUACAUACAUACAUAUAUAUAUAUAGAAAGUAUAAAUACGCGUACUUAAUAAUAUUACCGGCAAUUGUGCGCGACGACGUGUCUUUAAGUGAAGUGUCGUGCCACUUUAAACAGCAAUCGCCUUAGUCACUUAUCGAACGCCGCGCGCCGAUAUUUGGCUAAUAGCGCACCCAACGAGCGCAGCCCACCCAAACACCCCACGUGGAUGAGCAAAGCAGAAUUUACUCGAAUUUACUUGGAUUAGUAUGCGGUGGUUGCAAAUCUCUUGCAACCAAUAAAACCAGCAAAACGGCGAACCAAAGCGAAUUUACACACACCCAAACGCACCCACGCCUUUCAUUCAGCGUGCGGUCACCCACAAAUAUAACAAAAGUAACCGUAUUAACAAAAACAACACAAAAAGCCAAGUACGUGAAGAAAAAUUGCGGCAGCCGAAGUAAAAGACGAAGCCAACGCGUCCGUACAGACAAUCUCAUUUUCAUAAUGAUCAUAGUAACAAUAUUCACAAGCGCCAUAGCAGCGCCCACAACAACCACCAAUAGCCCCGCCAAUAAUACACAACCCACACACACACAAACAGUGACGGCAACAAGAAAAGCCAGCACAAGCGCAAAGAACAAGGCGGUGGGUGUGACGUUAACGCAAAAUACGAUAGAUGUGAGCAGCGGUAUAGUCUAUACGAUGGCGCAAACAGGUAACGAGGGUUCACGGAAACGGAAACGACACAGCAAGCGUCACAGUAAUUGGAAUAUUGAUACGUCAAAAGAUCUGCCAUGGGUGAAUCCUUGCGGUGGUUUCUAUGUGCCGUCGGCGACGCAGAGUGGCAGUGCCAUGCGACGGAAGAACCCAACAAAACAGAUUUUCAACAUGCUUAAAAAGUCGGCAGGCAAUGAGUACAAGAUGUUGAAAGCCGGUCAACAAGAUAUUGAUAUAAGCAAUAUACAUAUUUGGUCGCUGCACAAUAAGACUUAUAAAUUUCUGCCAAAAUUGAAGCUCAACUCAACGAUCGCACUAAAACGCUGGUACCGUAAUAUGCAAUCAUUUGUGGGCUCAUUCGCCUAUUUACGCAGCAUACAACGCGCCUGGGAUAUGGCUAAAUUGCAACGUGAAAAUAGUACAGGUCGCGAACUGCGACGUUUAUUUAUUAGCGCACGCAACAUGUUGUGCGAACUGGAGACGGCCAUCAAUGGCACAAUGCCCGCGCCGCGUAUGUUGCGCGGCAGCACGCUACCGCAAGUGACAAGCGAACAAAUGAAUAAGCGCUUAAAGCUCUACACGAAGCGACGUGCCGAAAGCAAUCCGCAUAUUGUGCAGGAGGCUAAUACGAUCGAUUUAAUGUGGGUCAAAUAUUAUUACUACGAAUUUUUGAAGACCAUGUGGAAGGUGUUGCGCCAACAAACAAAGCGACGCGGUCAAAUUGCUUUGAUGGCCAAUCCAAAGGCGUUCAAUGAGGUGGCAAAGCAUUUUGGCAGCAUUAGCAAAAACAAGCGUGUCAAAAGUCAUUUGACGCCACUUAAAAUGUCUGCAGCGGUGACGGCACCUAGUGACAGUGGUAGCAGCAGAAGCGCUGCGAAUAGGCGGAAAAGUUCGCAUGGUAGAAGGGUUGGUAGUAGAAGACGUUUAGUGCAUGCGCGCAACACGCGGUGAGCCAGCGUGUGCUUGAAAGGCAGAUUUUAAAUUUCAUCUAUAUGUCAUUGUACAUAGUUGCAUAUAUGAAAUUGGCAUUUUGAGUCUCAACAAAUUUUCGCUUUACAUACUAGAUAUGUGUUGCUUAAAUGCAUACAUACGAUACAUACAUACGUAUAAACAUGCCAGGUCCAAGCAUUGCCUUCCAAAUAUACAUAGCUAUAUUAUAUUAUUGAGUUUAUUAGUAUUAAAACAAAAAACGUGUAUAAGAAUUUAGCUACUUCUUUAGCGCACAGUGACUGCAUUCCAGUAAUGUUAAUAACACAAAUCUACAACAAAAAAAUUUCAAAAAUAUUUUUUGAACGCAUUUAAUUAAGCGAUGCCAAACAAGUAUUAAGAGUAUAGUAUUGCAGCAAUACACUACGAAAACAAUUUUAUAUUUAAUUUUAAAUUAUUUGCAUGCGAAAUUAAGUCAAUAACGACAACAACAACGUAAUAUAAGCAGCAAUCUCGCCAGUUACAUACAAACAUACAAGCAUAUUUAUUUAUUAUACAACAUUCCGUUUCAUCUAAAACGCGCAGUGCAACGUGCGUUUGUUUUUACAAUUGCGCAAGUUCAAGUUCAAUGUACAGCACAACAAAAACAACAUGAAAAAUCAAAAAACAAUUUCCAUUAAAUUAUUUUUCAAAUGCGCUGCUGCUUGCCUUCAAUUUUCAUUUUCAUUUUUCACUUUCGGUUUCAUAUGCACAACAACAACAACAACAAUGGAAAAGUAAACAAACACAAAUUGAUAGUUGUAGCAUUCUAGUCAACACAUCAAACCGUCUCAAUUACUUUGAUAACUGAGCACACACCCACAAUCACAAUCAACAGCAGCACCAGGCAUACACAUACAAAUCUACAUAAAUACAACCUAACAUGCAUAAAUAAGCUCUUAUUAUAUUCAAUAUACAUACAAGUACAUAGAUAUGUACAUAUAGACUAGCUAUAUUAACAUUCAAGUGGCGCAAGCUGCUUGACUGGUUCCUAUUUUUUUCACACUUUAUUAUUUUUAUUAUAAACGCUUGUUUAUAACAGAAAAUGCAUGCAUUAAACACAAAUUCAUAAUCACACAUAUACAUACAUGUAUAAGCUUAAGAAGCUUUAUAAGCACGUGAGCAGAGGCGCGGCAUGUGAGCACCCAUAUGCGAGAUAAAAACAGCGCUAGCAGCGGCGCAAAAGUAAUAACUGCUUUUAAUGAGUCAAAUGCCGGACAAUUAAUUUCAAUUACAAAAUUAUCGAUUGAAAAGCAAGAAUGUGCAGUUAUCAAAAUAAUGUAAAGUGGGUAUUUAUAUAAAAGUUAUGGAAAUUUUUUUUGAAAUGGCAAAUUUUGAAGUGCAUGUAAAAUUUUUAUAAUUUUUUUUUAUAAAAUAAAAUUUUGAGCACCCUGUAUAAAAAUGUGCGCGUAACUUUUUCAUAUUCUUGUUUAAGCUUUACAAAAAAUAAAAUAAUAAAAUUACGCCUCCACCUUCCUCGAUACGCGGUCUCUGCUCGUAAGCUUAUCAUAUAAUAUAAUAAAUACUUCCAUACCCAAAAGCAUACUCACGAUUACUCAAUACAUUUCGAAUUCAAAUGAAAAACUGUUUAUGAAAGACUACACACAGAAACUCUCACAAGCUCUCUUUCUCUAAAUACUAUCUCACUCUCUAUUUAUUAAUUUAUUAUCUUAACUCUAUGUCAGUGUGUACAAUUAGCACCUAAGCCACAAAUAUCUGAAAACAAAAUGUGUAAAUGACUUGCAUUUCUUAAUGUAUAUCAUUGAGUGUAAACAUUCAAUUAAUAUUUAUACAUACAUACAUACAUCUA